AUGUCUCCCCACAAGCCUUUCAGGAUCAAGCAGUUUCUGGCCAAGAAACAAACACAGAAUCAGCCCAUUUCUCAAUGGAUUUGGAUGAAAACUGGUAAUAAGAUCAGGUACAACUCCAAGAGGCAGCACUGGAGAAAAAUGAACCUGAGUCUGUAA